CGGCGUGCAGCGGGACGGGGAAUAUAAGUGGCUGGCGGCGAGCGCGCUUCAGUCAGUCCGCCCGCCCGAACAAUGCCUUCGCCGCUGGGGCCGGGGAGCCGCGGCUGAGCGCGGCGGGAGCAGCCGGGCAGCGGACGCCCUUGCCGGCCACCGCCGCUCCCAGCGAAGGGGCUGGCGGGGGCACGGGCGCUCGUACGCCGUGAGCAUGUGGAUACCCACGGAGCACGAGAAGUACGGCGUGGUAAUAGCUGGUUUUCGAGGGACAGUCCCACAUGGCCUGUCACUGGAGAUUGGAGACACCGUUCAAAUAUUAGAGAAAUGCGAUGGAUGGUACAGAGGAUUUGCCUUAAAAAACCCGAACGUUAAGGGCAUAUUUCCAUCUAACUACAUUCAUUUGAAGAAUGCAUGUGUUAAGAACAAAGGACAAUUUGAAAUGGUUAUUCCAACAGAAGAUUCUGUUAUUACAGAAAUGACAUCAACUUUAAGAGACUGGGGAACAAUGUGGAAACAACUCUAUGUGAGGAAUGAGGGAGAUCUCUUUCAUCGGCUGUGGCAUAUAAUGAAUGAAAUCCUUGACCUGCGAAGGCAGGUCCUUGUUGGCCAUCUCACCCAUGAUCGAAUGAAGGAUGUCAAGCGACACAUCACUGCUCGUCUGGAUUGGGGCAAUGAACAGCUGGGACUUGACUUAGUUCCAAGAAAAGAAUAUGCUAUGGUGGAUCCUGAAGAGAUCAGCAUUACAGAGCUCUACAGGCUGAUGGAACAUCGUCAUCGAAAAAAAGACACACCAGUACCUGCUAGCAGCCACCAUCUUUUUGUUCAGAUGAAGAGUUUAAUGUGCUCCAAUCUGGGAGAGGAACUGGAAGUAAUCUUCUCACUCUUUGAUAGUAAAGAAAAUCGACCCAUCAGUGAAAGAUUUUUUUUAAGACUGAAUAGAAAUGGUUUGCCAAAAUGCCCAGAAAAGCCUGAAAGACACUGUUCUCUCUUUGUGGAUUUGGGUAGCAGUGAACUCAGGAAGGACAUCUAUAUCACUGUGCACAUUAUCCGAAUAGGGCGAAUGGGAGCUGGAGAAAAGAAAAAUGCCUGCAAUGUGCAGUAUAGACGGCCCUUUGGCUGUGCAGUCCUCAGUAUUGCAGAUUUGCUGGCAGGAGAUUCAAAGGACGACCUUGUCUUGAAAGUCUAUAUGUGCAACACGGAGAGUGACUGGUAUCAGAUCCAUGAAAAUAUCAUUAAAAAGCUGAAUGCACGUUACAAUUUGACAGGCUCCAAUGCAGGUCUGGCAGUUUCUCUUCAGUUACUUCAUGGAGACAUAGAACAAAUUAGGAGAGAGUAUACAUCGAGAUUUACCCACGGAGUAUCCAUAACAAGGAAACUAGGUUUUUCCAAUAUCAUAAUGCCUGGUGAAAUGAGGAAUGAUUUAUAUAUUACUGUAGAAAGAGGAGAAUUUGAGAAAGGAGGGAAAAGUGUGGCCAGAAAUGUGGAAGUGACAAUGCAUGUGGUGGACAGCAGUGGACAAAUUUUAAAGGACUUUAUCUCAUUUGGCUCUGGAGAGCCACCAGCCAGCGAGUACCAUUCUUUUGUCCUUUAUCAUAACAAUGGUCCCAGAUGGGCUGAGCUGCUGAAACUUCCCAUUCCUGUGGAUAAAUUCAGAGGAGCUCACAUCCGCUGUGAAUUCCGGCACUGUUCCACAAAAGAAAAGGGUGAGAAGAAGUUGUUUGGCUUUUCUUUCGUGCCUCUGAUGCAGGAAAAUGGGAGAACUCUGCCAGAUGGCACCCAUGAACUCAUUGUACACAAGUGUGAAGAAAACACAAACCUUCAGGACUCUGGCCGCUACCUCAAACUCCCCUUUUCAAAGGGAAUAUCCCUAGGAAACAACAGCCAAGCAGUAAAAACCACUAAAGAGUCCUUCUGGAUUACAUCCUUUCUCUGCUCCACCAAACUCACACAAAAUGGAGAUAUGCUUGACCUGCUGAAAUGGAGAACCCACCCAGACAAAAUUGCAGGUUGCCUCUCAAAAUUAAAAGAAAUUGAUGGUUCAGAAAUAGUGAAGUUUCUUCAAGAUACACUAGACACUUUAUUUGGAAUUUUAGAUGAAAACUCUCAAAAAUAUGGAUCAAAAGUAUUUGAUUGUUUGGUUCACAUAAUAAAUUUGCUGCAGGACAGCAAGUUUCACCACUUUAAGCCAGUAAUGGACACUUACAUUGAAAGUCAUUUUGCAGGAGCACUUGCAUACAGAGAUCUUAUAAAAGUACUGAAGUGGCAUAUUGAUCGAGUCACUGAGGUGGAGCUUCAUGAGCACAUACAGGAAGUCCUAAAGGCACAGGAAUAUAUCUUUAAAUACAUAGUCCAGUCUCGAAGGUUAUUCUCUAUUGCUACUGGUGGACAAAAUGAGGAGGAAUUUCGCUGCUGUAUUCAAGAGCUUCUUAUGUCAGUACGCUUCUUUCUUUCUCAAGAGAGCAAAGGAACUAGUGCUUUAUCCCAGCUACAAGCUGUGUUUCUCAGCUCAUUCCCAUCGGUGUACUCUGAACUUUUGAAGCUCUUUGAUGUAAGAGAAGUGGCAAAUUUGGUUCACGAUGCUCUGGGCAGCUUGCCAACUGUCAUGCAUGGAGAUGAGUCCCUUCAAGCUGUUAAACUGCAGAGUAUUGGAAAAACUGUAGAAAGUUACCUGUACACUAACCCAGAUUCUCGAUGCAUUCUUCUUCCGGUAGUUUUGCAUCAUCUCCACAUGCAUUUACAAGAGCAGAAGGACCUUAUAAUGUGUGCCCGUAUCCUUAGCAACAUAUUUUGCCUCAUCAAGAAGAACAGCUCAGAAAAGUCAGUCCUGGAAGAAAUUGAUGUGAUUGUAAACAGUCUGCUAGAUAUUCUAUUAAGGACCAUACUAGAGAUCACCAGCCGACCACAACCCUCAGGCUCUGCUCUGCGUCUCCAGUUUCAAGAUGUGACUGGGGAAUUUGUCUCUUGUUUGUUGUCACUCUUGCGACAAAUGACUGAUAGACAUUAUCAACAGCUUCUUGAUAGCUUCAAUACAAAGGAAGAUCUGAGGGAUUUCCUGCUGCAGAUUUUCACAGUAUUUCGCAUCCUAAUACGACCAGAGAUGUUUCCAAAAGACUGGACAGUGAUGCGUUUGGUUGCAAACAAUGUGAUCAUUACUACAGUCUUGUACCUUUCGGAUGCCCUUCGUAAAAACUUCUUAAAUGAAAACUUUGAUUACAAGAUAUGGGAUUCCUACUUUUUUCUUGCUGUCAUUUUUAUAAACCAGUUAUGUCUGCAACUGGAGAUGUUCACACCUUCCAAGAAGAAAAAGGUUUUAGAGAAAUAUGGUGACAUGCGGGUAACAAUGGGAUGUGAAAUCUUCAGUAUGUGGCAAAAUUUAGGGGAACACAAGCUUCACUUUAUUCCAGCAUUGAUUGGCCCCUUCCUGGAAGUGACCUUGAUCCCUCAGCCAGACCUGAGGAAUGUAAUGAUUCCCAUUUUCCAUGACAUGAUGGACUGGGAGCAAAGGCGAAGUGGCAACUUUAAACAGGUGGAAGCAAAGCUGAUUGACAAACUGGACAGCCUAAUGUCAGAAGGUAAAGGUGACGAAACCUACCGAGAGCUCUUCAACAGUAUAAUUCCACUUUUUGGUCCUUAUCCUAGUCUGCUGAAGAAAAUUGAGCGGGAAACAUGGAGGGAAAGUGGCGUUUCAUUAAUCGCCACUGUGACUCGCCUCAUGGAGAGGCUACUGGACUACAGGGACUGCAUGAAAAUGGGAGAAGUGGAUGGCAAAAAGAUUGGCUGCACUGUUAGCCUUCUGAAUUUUUACAAGACUGAACUGAACAAAGAAGAGAUGUAUAUUCGCUAUAUUCAUAAACUCUAUGACCUCCAUCUGAAAGCACAAAACUUCACAGAGGCUGCCUACACACUCCUGCUGUAUGAUGAGCUGCUGGAGUGGUCUGACCGGCCACUGAGAGAAUUUCUCAACUACCCCAUGCAAACAGAGUGGCAACGUAAGGAGUGUCUCCAUCUGACCAUCAUUCAAAAUUUUGAUAGGGGAAAGUGUUGGGAAAAUGGCAUUAUCUUAUGCAGGAAAAUUGCAGAACAGUAUGAGAGCUACUAUGACUACAGAAACCUCAGCAAGAUGAGGAUGAUGGAAGCAUCCUUAUAUGAUAAAAUUAUGGAUCAACAGCGUUUGGAGCCAGAAUUUUUCAGAGUUGGAUUCUAUGGGAAAAAGUUCCCAUUCUUCUUGAGAAAUAAGGAAUUUGUUUGCCGAGGACAUGACUAUGAAAGGCUGGAGGCCUUCCAGCAGCGAAUGUUGAAUGAGUUCCCACAUGCCAUUGCUAUGCAACAUGCUAAUCAGCCAGAUGAGACCAUCUUUCAGGCAGAAGCACAGUAUCUGCAGAUUUAUGCAGUGACACCAAUUCCAGAAAACCAGGAAGUCUUGCAGAGAGAUGGCAUUCCUGAUAAUAUCAAGAGCUUUUACAAAGUAAAUCACAUCUGGCGAUUCCGAUAUGACAGGCCAUUUCACAAAGGGACCAAGGACAAGGAAAAUGAAUUCAAGAGUCUAUGGGUAGAGAGAACCACACUGAUCUUGGUGCAGAGUUUACCUGGAAUAUCUCGUUGGUUUGAAGUGGAAAAACGUGAAGUGGUGGAAAUGAGUCCCCUUGAGAAUGCUAUUGAAGUGUUAGAAAAUAAGAACCAGCAGCUGAGAACACUGAUUAGUCAGUGUCAAACACGACAGAUGCAGAACAUUAACCCUCUCACAAUGUGUCUAAAUGGGGUCAUUGAUGCCGCAGUUAAUGGAGGAGUUGCUAGAUACCAAGAGGCAUUCUUCAUCAAAGAAUACAUCUUGAACCAUCCAGAGGAUGGAGAGAAGAUCACACGCUUGAGAGAGCUGAUGCUCGAGCAGGCUCAGAUUCUAGAAUUUGGCUUGGCUGUGCACGAGAAGGUGGUGCCGCAGGACAUGAGGCCACUACACAAAAAGCUGGUGGAUCAGUUCUUUGUGAUGAAGUCAAGCUUGGGAAUACAGGAAUUUUCUGCCUGCGUACAAGCUAGUCCUGUUCAUUUUCCAAAUGGAAGUCCUCGUGUAUGCCGGAAUUCCAUGCCUAUUUCUAUGAGCCCUGAUGCUGCCAGGGUAAUACCACGACGCAGCCCCUUGAGUUACCCAGCUGUCAAUCGGUAUUCAUCCUCAUCACUGUCAUCCCAAGCUUCUGCUGAAGUCAGCAAUAUCACUGGGCAGUCAGAAAGCUCAGAUGAAGUUUUUAACAUGCAGCCUAGUCCGUCUACCUCAAGCCUGAGUUCUACUCAUUCUGCUUCACCUAACGUGACCAGUUCUGCUCCAUCCAGUGCCAGAGCCUCUCCUCUGUUGUCUGACAAACAUAAGCAUUCCCGAGAAACCUCUUGCCUGUCUCCCAGAGAGAGGCCCUGCAGUGCCAUCUACCCUACUCCUUCGGAAACUUCGCAGACUACAAACUCUUGCUUUGCCAAGUGGAAUGCGACUUCUAUCCCCCAUUCUAUCCGAGAUUCCAUAAGGGAGGCUGAGGAGCUCGUAGGCCCAGUCUCCGCUCUCUCUGAGACUCGCCCAGCAGGAAAAUCUCCCAAUCUGUCUCUACCCUCAGUGUCCCAUGAGAGGAGAAUGCUGUUUAAUCAUAUUGGAGAUGGUGCUUUGCCACGAAGUGAUUCCAAUCUGCCUGGCCCUGACAAAGCUGUAAACACAACCCCCAGCAGCUGGAGCCUGGAUAGUGGAAAGGAAGCCAGAAACACAUCAGAAAGUGGAAAACUUAUAUCUCCUCCUGUACCACCAAGACCUGCACAGACUGCAUCACCAGCAAGACACAUAGCCUCUGUUUCUCCUUCUCCUGCUGGCAGAUCACCAAUGAAGGGGUCUGUGCAAUCAUUCACACCGUCUCCAGUGGAGUAUCAUUCCUCGGGGCUCAUAUCAAACUCUCCGGCACUGUCAGGGAGUUACAGCAGUGGCAUCUCUUCACUCAGCCGAUGUAGCACAUCAGAGACAUCAGGCUUUGAAAGCCAAGGCAGUGAACCAGCAGUGACUGUCCCAAGCUACAGUGUUUCUGAGGAGCCUGUGAGAAAAGAAAGCAAAACCCCGCCACCCUACAGCGUGUAUGAGCGGACUUUGAAAAGACCCGUUCCUCUACCUCACAGCCUCUCCAUCCCGCCCGCCGCAGACCCACCGGCACUGCCACCCAAGCCACAGCUGGUUCGGCCAAACAACCUGGAAAACAGCACCAGGAGGACUGAGCAGGUUCCCCGGCCCAGGCCUCUGCCCCGCAAAGUCUCUCAGCUAUGAGAAGCCACUUUUAUAUUUAAUUGCAACCAAUUCUUUACUGUUUAAGAAAUAAUAUUUUUUAAAAAUGGUAAAACUGGUUUAGUUAGGCACUUUAAUAUUUUGCCCACCUUUUCUUUUGAGUAAUUUUGAAAUGCUUAUUAAUAUUAUGUUGCACAUUUGAAAUGAAAUUACUAAUUUAGGUUGCCAGAUAUUAUAGGAAGCAUGAAUGAGAGGAUUGUUGUUUUGGUUUUUUUUAAAUUUUAUGAUGGUGAAUACUGAUAAAUUCUUUUAUUUGUACAUUAUUUUUAUUUAAAAAAUUAAAUCUAAAACCCUACAACUCUCAUCUGAGUGAGCCAAAUGCUUCUUACAAAAUGCAGAAUAUACUGACUGGAUCUUUACUACAAGAGAUAAAUGCACGCUUUCUAACAAAGUAGUCUGUAGACUAGGUUGUUUCUGCAUAUAGGCUGAAAGGAGUUUCUCUAAUGAACAGGUUGGCCAUUUUAAAUGUACGUGGAAAAACUGGGAUAUAAUGCAAGUUAUACUGCAGAGAAGUGUUGUAAGAAUGUGGUUUGGAAUUUUUGAAACACGCUUAUGUUAUUUUUAAGAUGGAUAAAUACCUGUAUUUCAUUCAGUGUACAGCACCAUUCUGGUGAAUCCUGAUAAGGUUUUGUGCCAUUAAUGUAUUAUUGUACCUGACACAUCCUUUUUCUUUUUGAGGUGCAAUUUACUUUUUAUUCUUCCAGUAGAUGUACUUUUAUUGUUUUGGGAUUUUUUUUUAAAGCAAGCAGUUUGCUAGUGGAGGCUCUCUGCUGUUUUUGAAAGUUCACCCUAGAAUACAAUCUAUGUAUGAAAUAGGUAAAAAUUAAUUGUUUGUUUAACUUGUGCACAAGAAUCAGUACUGACUAAUAAUAAUGGCCAGUCUUCGCGAGCGAAGAUCCGGGGAAGGUCUUUACACCUUCCAGCCUGCGCAUUGGAUUUUUUAGGUGAGACACAGUGUGCGCGGAACUGAGCCCACCCUUUAAUCCUAAGGUUCAUCUACCGGGGCCAAGUGAGCUUGGACGGUGGCAGCGAGGUCCUUAGGACGUAGGUGGGUUGCCUUUAAGGGCUAACGAGCCCCACCUGCCCGGGAGUGGCGGGCUCAGUUCCGCGCACACUGUGUCUCACCUAAAAAAUCCAAUGCGCAGGCUGGAAGGUGGAAAGACCUUCCCCGGAUCUUCGCUCGCGAAGACGGGCAGUACUGACUAGUACCAAGGCAAUUCACUAAAUGAGCAAAUUUUUAAAAAUACAAAUUGCCGGUUAUUCAAUUCAAAAGCUAAUUGCAAACAUUCUUAAUAAUUUUGUAAAAAUCUAGCAAAAAUUCUGAACAGUUCUUUCAAUGUGUAUAUGCCAUUGGAGACAGGUUUUGGUUUUGGAUUUGCUUUUUAGCUUGAGUUUAUCACCAUCAUCUUUAUUGUAGCAGAAUGGUGUUUGGCCUUAGGUUGUAUUUAGUGACCGGCAUCUGAAGAGGUUUGGAAAGCUAAUGCCAACAUGUAGGAAUGUGGAGGGGAAGGGAAAAAAAGCACCUUCUGUAUGUACUUUUUGUAUCCUCUUUCUUUUACUGACUGUUUAAAUGUGCUUGGGAACAGAUGUGUGAACUGCAUUUUAAAUCAUGCUGUUAAAAAUAUUCUCCCUCUUUUUUUGGGAAAACUCAUGUUGAUUUUAGCGGUGUUUGAUUUGUUGAUAGUUUACUGGAAGAAAGUGACCACUUUUUUAUAUUCUCUCAAUUAAACCUUCAGCAGUUACAAGCUGUUGACGGUAGUAAUAGAGGUUUUCUAUAAUAAAUGUUCAAGUAUUUUUGUACAUAAUUGGUAAAUUUUAAUAAGGAGUGUACCAUUAUGUGAAAAAGAAGCAAACAGUUGUGUAUGCAGUAAGAUUGUUAUAAUUAUGCCAAAUACUUUAUGUAUGGAAAAAAGAAUAUUUGUAAAUAUGUGCUUUUAACAAUAAUUCUGCCAUAUUGACUUUACAAUUUUGAAUGUCAGAAAAAAUAAUAUAUGUUAAAAUAUUUAUGUUUUAGUGAAAGUAUUCAUAACUUGAAAAGGAACAUAUGAAUUUUAGCUUUUUAUCUUGCUGAUUUCAAAGUCUGAAAUUCCUUGAACUAGCUCUUGCUUUCUGCUAUAACAGUUUUGUGUCUGUAACCACAUUAUAAAAGUUGUAGAAGGCUACAUAUUUAUGCUGAUAUAAAGAAUUAAUGCCUGAAAUUUAAAUAAGGUGUCACAAGUAAGAUAACAAAACUGCUUUGAUUUUUUUUUCCCACCCGUGUAGUUUAAUAGAUUUUGUUGACUAGUGCUUGAGCACAGUAUGAAUCAGUGUUAUCUGCUCCUGAAGCCAUUUUUUUUUAUUUCUGGCAGUAAACAGAGUUGAUGACUUUAUCAUUUGUGUGCAUUACUGGCCAGCUUUGCAGCAAAACGUUUCAAAAAUCUCUGUUUACUUAGACACUCAUAUAUUGGUUGCUGCGUAAUAUUAAUAUGGAAUAAAUGAACUUGAUUAAUCUUUACUUGUUUUCUGCAGAAUGAGAGAUUAUAAUUCAGUUUGUCACAGAAUGAAAGUUCUGAAUCCUUGUCUUGCUAAAUCCGUUUUUGGUUUUUUUUUUUUCUGUUAACAAUCUCCUGAUGGAUUGAGUUUUCUCCCUAUUUGGAUCUGUAAUUGCUUUGUGAGACAAGGUGGAGAGUAUUGACCUGCUCUUCUGAACAACUGAAGAACAUAAAACUAGUAAGUUCACUGUAAAUUAACCUGCAUGAGUGCUCUGUUUUUAUAACCAUGACAUCAGGAAUACUCUGAACGAAAGCAAACAGUGUAAAAUUGACAGAGAACUCUAAAACCGAGUUGACACAUUUUCUGCUUAGCCAGGUUUGACAAAUUGAUUUUGUAGAUCAGCCUUUCAACCUGAUUACUUAUAAAAAAUGUAGUAUGAAAUUUUGUUAUGUAUGUUGCAACACCCAGAGCUUGAAAACCUAAUGUAAAUAAAGGUCUUGUUUGAAUUUUA